AUGUGUCAUCAGAACAUUGUUCAGGCCACGGACUGUGGCCACACGAUCACUAAAUUGUCUAUGUGCCAUGCCAAGCAGCGAAACGCUAGAAAGCCAGGGUUCUUCAAGAAAUUGUUUGGAUCCAAGCCUAGUCAGCGAAAGACCUGCCCUCCAGAAGAAACGACGACGCGCAUUUUCGCUAGUCAGGAUCGAGUUUGCGACCAGUGCCGGGCUAUUCCGGUGGAAGAGCUCGCCCAGGUCAUCCGGAACCACGCACACGAGAAGAGGGGUUUGAAGAAGGUGGUCAAUAUGAUCAACUUCCACAACCGCACUCUUGGGCCACUUGAGACGUGGAAGUUCAAGAAUUCAGUGUAUCGUAUAGGGGAUGCAUCCCAUCCCCUAUCGUACAAUGAAGCAAGAGCUCUAUUCUGGUGUCUACGAUGUCGAAGGAACAAUAUUAAUCGUCCAGAGGUUGGUAAGACACGAAGCCCUAUUAAUGGCUUAUGCUGUGACCACUCUGAAACGUUUGAGGAGUUCAAGGAGCUGGUUGCGAAAAAGAGUAUCUCCGGGUACCCAGUUUCGCCACCAGGAUCCCGUCGGUCUUCCUUGCAGAGUUAUCGAUCAGUUCGCACCACAGGUCUCCGGGACCCAAACUCUUCCAGAGCCUAUAUAGCAGGAAGCAGCGUACGACCCCCACCACCAGCCCCAGCGUUUGAUGCCUACCAGCGGGAUAAUGCUCCACAUGCAUUAACCACCAGUGGUGAUUGGGCAAUCGUCACUGACGGAAACUCGCCCUAUCAUUCCAGACAUGAUCAAAGAAUCCGGGAAGCAGGAUCAAGUCGACGACCCGUAGCCCCAGCCCCAGCACCAGAGCCAACCCAACGGGACCCAAUAUUCCGCGGUUCUCUAGUCCCAGAAGUCAGAGGAGCCAGUGGACGACGAGGAGCUGUUUCCCAUUCUAACCCCGCCCAGGCACCAGCACAAGCGGGACCAAGUAAUGGGAAUGCGGGAGGACUGUCCAGACAAGAACGAACCAUCCGUAGUCAAGCACCAAACCCAGGUGGUUCCACGGACGAAAGGCUCCAACACCGGCUCGCUAAAGCGGAGACGCAAUGGAGAAAGAUCCUAAGAGCGCAAAGGAUGGGGCACUCCAUCUCUUACGAGGAGGAGCUUCGACUGUGGAAUGAGAUCUGUGAUCUGAAAACGCAGUUGCAUCUUCCUCAGCGUGCCCGGAACUAAGGCUAGCUGGCUAGCUGCUGCGAGAGGGUCGAAUAUGGUAAGUUGUCCCCAACCCCUAUGAAUGCUGACAAGACAGACAAGACAACUGGCGCUGGACACCAAAUCAACUGGAACAUACAACAAGCCCCCAAGAUUGGAUAAUCGGGGUUCGCAGGAUACGGCGUUAACAGGUCCAAGGAAUCCGGAACGGUAUAUUGAUAUUACGCACUAAAUAAAAUUGGUUAAAAAAACAAAACAAGAAAGAGAAGGAAAAACAAGAAUUACGACUGAAAAAUGAUGGACAUACGUGAGUAAAGGGAGACAAGAUCUUAUGAGGAAUAUUGGCUAACAUUUUGUGAUAUAGGUACAACGAAAUCUACUGGAUACACGAAUUAGCGGCAAAGCAGAGCAGGAAGGAUAGGUAAGAAACUCCUUGAACGAAUUUUGGCUAACAUUUUCAUACAGACAAAUUCAAACUCGAACCCCUGAAUCGGAUACGUUGCUCACACAGGCCUCACAUAGGGAGGUCUUAGACAAUCUCUGGCCAUAUGAACGCGAAUAUUUCUUCCUCGAGUCGAACAGAAGAGAGCUCCGGAAAGGCCGCUGA